AUGAGUGCUGCCGGCUGUGGGGAGCUACAGUUCAUUGAGGGAACCGUGAGUGCCAACAUGUACUGUGACAUACUGAAGCAGAGCAUGAUCCCCUCCCUUCAGAAACUGGGCCACAGGGCAGUAUUCCAACAUGAUAACAACCCCAAACACACCUCCAAGAUGACCACUGCCUUGCUACAGAUACUGAGGGUAGAGGUGAUGGACUGGCCAAGCAUGUCUUCAGACUUAAACCCUAUUGAGCAUCUGUGGGGCAUCCUCAAACGGAAGGUGGAGGAGCGCAAGGUGACAGAACUCUUCUGGGGUAAGGAGGCGGAUCAGCGUUUCCCACGUGCCACACAUGGUUUCGAUUACAUCCUGGCAGCCGAUGUGGUGUAUUCCCAUCCUUACCUUGAGGAGCUGAUGGACACUUUUGACUACCUGUGCCAGGAAAACACACAUCCUGUGGGCCAUGAGAUUUCGUUUGGACCCAGAGAACAGCUUUGUCGACCGCUUUCGGCAACGCUUCAAUCUGGAGGAGUUGUACAACCUCCCCAGCCUGAGCAUCAAACUGUACCGAGCUUCGAGGAGGGACAAGAGAGCGACUACUUCCUGAUUGGUCUAAAAAUACCCUAUGCCCUUGUGAUGGUGAUGGGUGUGGCAACAGGAUGCUCAGUCUCUAUAACCUCAGAGUCAGAGGUCUCCGGAUGCAGUCUGAUUUCUCCUGAGAUCCUUUACUGGGAAAACGAGCGCCAGCAGGUAAGGUCAAAGGUCACCGGCAGGGGGUUUGCGAGCCAACAGCAGACAGGAUCCUACAUGGAUACUUUGCCACCAUACUAUUUGUUGGGAAACUAUCAUAUGAUAACUUCGGAGGAAGGAGAGGAGGUAGAGGAGGAGGAGGAGGAGGAGGAGGAGGAGGAGGAGGAGGAGGAGGAGGAGGAGGAGGGAGAGGAGAGGGAGGAAGAUGGGGGUGAACAAGAUAAAGAGGAGCAACCAGAGGAAUCAGAAAACCAGGAGCAAAAAAAACUACCCUGGGUUCCGUGCUUCUGCUCCAGAAUAGAUAAAGAUGUGUACAAUUUUGCUGGGGAAAGGAUUGUCAUUGGAGGGGCUUUGGACUCCUUCGCAGGCACCGUUUGGCCGGGGGCUCUGACUCUGUGUCACUACCUGGACACCCAACGCCAACAGUUGAAUUUAAUGGACAAAUCGGUCCUGGAGAUCGGAGCAGGAACUGGCCUUCUGUCCAUUGUAGCUGCGCUCCUUGGUGCCUGGGUGACAGCCACAGACCUCCCAGAUGUACUGAGCACCCUGAUGACCAACGUGAAUAGAAACACCAGGGGCCGCUGCAAAUACACACCCCAGUCAGCAGCUCUGUCCUGGGGCUACGACCUGGAGAAAACCUUUCCCAAGUCUAAAUACAGGUACGACUACGUGCUGGCAGCUGAUGUGGUCUAUCAUCACGAAUUCCUGGACGAGCUCCUGGUCACCAUGAAGCAUUUCUGCAGGCCAGGAACUACUUUGAUCUGGGCCAAUAAGGUGAGGUUUGAGACUGAUCUAACUUUCACUGAGAACUUUAAAAAAGCUUUCAACACAAGUCUGCUGGUUGAAGAUGAAGAGAUGAAGGUCUUCAUGGCAACGUGCAGAGAAGAAGGGGGAGAGAGUGAUCAGGAAUUCCAGAGUGUGAGAGGGAAGGAGGAAGGAAAGGAGGAAGAGAAAAGCAACGAAAAGCUUGUAGAGGAAAAUCACGACACUGAACUUCAGCUUGUAAAUAUAGAGACAAGUGAAGACAAUGAUGUAACACAUGAGCCAGACCCCAGGAGAGAUGAUAAUGAAGGAGAAAACAUGCCUGAGUCUGAUGGACAGGAAGAGACAGAGGAGACAAUGGUCCCCAAAGUCGACUGUAAAGAUGAGGAGGAAAAACCAGAGUUAAUUUCUAACACCACAGCCAGUGAGGACAACGUUACAGAAAAAGCUGAGCAUCAGGACAGACGUCCAGCCUGGGUCCCCAGCAGCAAAAACCCCUUUGGUAAAGAUGUCUACCAUUACGCAGGGCACGACAUUGUCAUUCGUGAGUCCAUAGACUCCUAUGGUGCAGUGAUGUGGCCAGCAGCGUUGGCUCUGUGCUCAUAUCUGGACAGCAACAGGCAGAGGGUAAACCUGCAGGGGAAGCGGGUGCUGGAGCUGGGAGCAGGAACUGGCCUGGUAACCAUUGUGGCCAGUCUGCUGGGAGCCUCAGCCACAGCUACAGACCUACCUGAUGUGUUAGGUAACUUGCUGGCCAAUGUGAUGAGGAACACCAGGGGCCGCUGCAUGCACACGCCGCAGGUAGUAACUCUGUCCUGGGGCUACGACCUGCAGCGCACCUACCCUCUGUCUGCUCAUCACUACGACUACGUGCUGGCAGCUGAUGUGGUCUAUCAUCACGAAUUCCUGGACGAGCUCCUGGUCACCAUGAAGCAUUUCUGCAGGCCAGGAACUACUUUGAUCUGGGCCAAUAAGGUGAGGUUUGAGACUGAUCUAACUUUCACUGAGAACUUUAAAAAAGCUUUCAACACAAGUCUGCUGGUUGAAGACGGAGAGAUGAAGAUCUUCAUGGCAACGUGCAGAGAAGAAGCGGGAGAGAGUGAUCAGGAAUUCCAGAGUGUGAGAGGGAAGGAGGAAGGAAAGGAGGAAGAGAAAAGCAACGAAAAGCUUGUAGAGGAAAAUCACGACACUGAACUUCAGCUUGUAAAUAUAGAGACAAGUGAAGACAAUGAUGUAACACAUGAGCCAGACCCCAGGAGAGAUGAUAAUGAAGGAGAAAACAUGCCUGAGUCUGAUGGACAGGAAGAGACAGAGGAGACAAUGGUCCCCAAAGUCGACUGUAAAGAUGAGGAGGAAAAACCAGAGUUAAUUUCUAACACCACAGCCAGUGAGGACAACGUUACAGAAAAAGCUGAGCAUCAGGCCAGACGUCCAGCCUGGGUCCCCAGCAGCAAAAACCCCUUUGGUAAAGAUGUCUACCAUUACGCAGGGCACGACAUUGUCAUUCGUGAGUCCAUAGACUCCUAUGGUGCAGUGAUGUGGCCAGCAGCGUUGGCUCUGUGCUCAUAUCUGGACAGCAACAGGCAGAGGGUAAACCUGCAGGGGAAGCGGGUGCUGGAGCUGGGAGCAGGAACUGGCCUGGUAACCAUUGUGGCCAGUCUGCUGGGAGCCUCAGCCACAGCUACAGACCUACCUGAUGUGUUAGGUAACCUGCUGGCCAAUGUGAUGAGGAACACCAGGGGCCGCUGCAUGCACACGCCGCAGGUAGUAACUCUGUCCUGGGGCUACGACCUGCAGCGCACCUACCCUCUGUCUGCUCAUCACUACGACUACGUGCUGGCCGCUGAUGUGGUCUAUCAUCACGAAUUCCUGGACGAGCUCCUGGUCACCAUGAAGCAUUUCUGCAGGCCAGGAACUACUUUGAUCUGGGCCAACAAGGUGAGGUUUGAGACUGAUCUAACUUUCACUGAGAACUUUAAAAAAGCUUUCAACACAAGUCUGCUGGUUGAAGACGGAGAGAUGAAGAUCUUCAUGGCAACGUGCAGAAAUUGAGAGAUUUAUCAAUUACCCCUACAGGCCUCUGUUUAAAUGCAUCAUUAUCAUUAUUCUUUGGGAAGUGAAGGGCGACAAUCACAGCAUAGUGCACAGUUGAGCAAAUAUAAUAAGUAGAAACACUUCAAUAGUUUGGGACAGCGCAGCUUUAAAAGUUCAACUUGCAUCACUUGUGUCCUUUAAUAUUAUUUACACAUUUACUCGCUUCAUCUGAAUAAGUCCUGUUAUAAUUGACCUGGAUAAAACAUAAAUGAUCAAAUGAGGCCUUUACCUGUGUGUGCUUUAGCCAACUGGCUCAUAAUCUGUGCGUUUAGGUGCAGCUCCUGGACACUUGCACUUUUUACUACACAUCAUCCAGGUCUAAUACUAUAUAUACAACCUUAUGAGCUACAUGUAUAUCCUGAUAAGCUCAAAACUGUUAAACAUAAGG